AGAGAGGAGCACCGGGGUCAGCGGCGGCUCUUAGCUUUGGUUUGAACGGGGCACAUCUGUACAGCGCUGCAAUGCUGCUACGAGGAGGAGCUCCUGCUGCUUUAGCUGCACUUUUGUUUUAUUUUUUUUCUCUGAAGCAAGGUGCGGUGCUUGCCUUCAACCUCGACACCAGUCAUGUCAUCAGGAAAGACGGAGAACCGGGGAGCCUGUUCGGGUUCUCUCUCGCCAUGCACCGGCAGCUCAACCCGGACCAACGGAUGCUGUUGAUAGGGGCACCCAGAGCCCGAGCCUUGGGGAAACAGACUGCCAACAUCACAGGAGGCCUCUAUAAAUGUGAAAUCACCCAGACCAAUGACUGUGAGCGUGUUGUGUUUGACAGUGAAGAGAACAUACGAGUUGAGAACAAGGAGAAUCAGUGGAUGGGGGUGACGGUUCAGAGUCAGGGACCUGGAGGAAAGAUUGUGACCUGUGCUCAUCGCUAUCAGAGGCGUCUGUUUGUUAACACGCCUCAGGAGUCCCGGGACAUCACCGGCCGCUGUUAUGUGCUGAGUCAGGACCUGACCAUCGACUCUUCCUCUGAUGAGGACGGAGGAAACUGGAACUUCUGUGAAGGCAGAACCAGAGGUCAUGAGAUGUUUGGAUCUUGUCAGCAGGGUUUGGCUGCCACAUUCACCAAAGACUACCAUUAUGUGGUGUUUGGAGCACCAGGGGCUUACAACUGGAAAGGUAUUGUACGAGUGGAGCAGAAGAACAAUACUCUGCUGGAGAUGGGAGUAUAUGAUGACGGCCCGUAUGAGAUCGGAGAUGAGCAUCUCUCAAACCCUGAGCUUGUGCCUCUACCUGCUAACAGCUACCUUGGGUUUUCUCUUGAUUCGGGGCACAAAAUCACUAGGAGUCGUGGCCUGACGGUGGUGGCUGGAGCACCCAGAGCCAAUCACAGUGGAGCUGUGGUGUUUCUGAGGAAAGAAAAUGAAGCCUCAGGCAGACUUGUGGUGGAGCACACUCUGCAGGGACCUGGACUUGGAUCUUCUUUUGGAUAUGACUUGGCUGUGGUUGACCUGAAUGGUGAUGGAUGGCAGGAUGUGGUCGUAGGAGCCCCUCAGUUCUACAUGAAGGACAGGGACAUCGGAGGAGCAGUUUUUGUUUACAUCAACCAGGCAGGAAGGUGGGAGAGGGUCACCCCUAUUCGUCUAAACGGGACCAAAGACUCCAUGUUCGGACUGGCCGUGGAAAGCAUUGGAGAUCUCAAUCAAGACUCAUUCCAAGAUAUUGCUGUUGGAGCUCCUUAUGAAGACGGCGGGGCAGGAAAAGUCUACAUUUAUCACGGCAGUGCACAAGGAAUCAAAACCACACCUGCACAGAUCCUUUCAGGAAAGCCACACCACAUGAAACUCUUUGGAUACUCCCUGGCUGGGAACAUGGAUUUGGACAGUAAUUCUUAUCCAGACUUGGCUGUAGGCUCUCUGUCUGACUCAGCUCUGAUCUACAGAGCACGGCCAGUCAUCAGCAUCAGGAGAAAUGUCAAAAUAUCUCCACAGGAAAUUGACCUCUCAAUAAAAACCUGUGGAAACAGCAUUUGCUUCACUGUGGACGCUUGCUUCACCUACACAGCAAACCCUGCAUCCUACAACCCAAGACUAACCAUCAGUUACUCAGUGGAGGCAGAUGGAGAUCGCAGGAAACAGGGGCUUCCCUCCAGAGUGACGUUCCUAAACAAAUCUCGUACAGAGGGAGAGCACCAGUUCAAUGGGACCAUAGAUCUCCGCAACCAAAAACAGGAAACGUGCACUAAGCUAGUAGCCAGACUGAAGGAAAAUAUAAAGGACAAAAUGAGAAGCAUUCCCAUUGAGGUGUCUGCAGAAAUCGUGGGCACUAAAAGAAGACAGACAAGGAACAGCCUCCCUCACCUCAUGCCUAUACUAGACUCCUCUCAACCAAAUAAAGACAUCAUUCAGGUAAACUUUGUCAAAGAGGGUUGUGGGAAGGAUCAUGUCUGCCGGAGUAACUUGAAAAUGGACUACAAGUUAUUCUACAAACAAAGCAACCUGGACGUCUACUCUCCAUUACCCAUGAAGAACAGCGUCCCCAUGUUUCAUCUGAACUAUGACAGGAAGGAUCUGGCUCUGCGGGUGACGGUCGACAACAUAAACGGAGACGAUGCUUACGAGGCAAAGCUACUGGGGACUUUCCCACAAACACUCUCAUAUUCUGGAGUGCGGUCAUAUCAAACAACGGUGGAUAAGCCAAUUAUCUGCACAGCCAAUCAGAGCGGCUCUCAAGCAGACUGUGAUUUGGGGAAUCCUUUUAAAAGAGACUCACAAACAACAUUUUACAUCAUCCUGAGCACAGUGGGCAUGACUCUGGACACCACUGAGGUAGAUGUUGACCUUCAUCUCCAAACUACAAGUGUGCAGGAAAACAUUGUUCCUGUUAGAGUGAAGGUCAGAGUUAUGAUUGAACUGCCUUUAUCUGUCAGUGGGGAGGCCAGCCCAAAUCAGGUUUCUUUUGGAGGUGUGGUGAAAGGUGAAAGCGCGAUGAAAACGGAAGAAGAGAUCGGAAGUUUGAUCAAUUAUACGUUCAAAAUAAACAACUUAUGGAAGACAUUGACACCUUCAGUCAAAGCCUCACUUCACAUUCAGUGGCCAAAAUACAACAAAGAUGGAAAAUGGCUUCUGUACCUGGUGAAGGUCACAUCUACAGGACCACAGGACGUCCACUGCUUUCCAGAGUCUGAAUUCGGCUCUCUCAAACACAUAAAGGAGUCGUCUGUGUCCAGAGCAAAACGUGAAAUUGGAGAAAGAAAAAGUGUUGGGAAAAUGCUGUCGCUGUCUGGGAAAAGUAAAGUUCUGACGUGUGACAGUGAAAUCAAAUGUGUGGUGCUCAAGUGCCCCCUUCAGGGCUUGGACGGUACUGCGGUUGAACUGAGGUCUCGUCUCUGGAACUCAACCUUCAUCGAGGAUUACACCUCUCUCUCACAUUUGCGUAUCGUGGUGAAGGCCUCUCUCGUCCUCCACACUCAGGCUAAAAACAUCAUCCUGAGAACUCCUGACACUGAUGUGACACUGACCGUGUCCCCAGACAGCAAAGUAGCUCAGCACAGUGGAGUUCCCUGGUGGAUCAUCCUGGUUGCUGUUCUCGCAGGAAUACUGAUUUUGGCUUUGCUGGUGCUUCUGCUGUGGAAGUGUGGAUUCUUCCAACGCUCCAAACAAGAGGACAGCGUCCCUCGCUAUCAUGCUGUGCGGAUCAAAAAGGAAACCCCGGAGUGCAAAGAUGGAAAAGUCAAACUGGAUCCUUUUGAUAAAAAACAGUGGAUGACGACUUGGACUGACAAUGAAAGCUACUCAUGAAGGAUUCACAGAAACAGGACCAGAGUUUUAAUGAGUUUCUAGACCUGAACACACUGAACUUAAAUUUUUGUUCCUUUAGUGAACAUGUCUGUGAAUUUCAGGAACUAGUCACGUUCCUAUAUUUGAGUUUUUUUGUACACUGUAUAGAUGAUUACAUGUUUUUUGUAAAUUUUGUACAUAUUUAAAUGCUUUCACACACUGUAUAUUUAUUUUUUAUAAAUAAUGUCAUGCAGCCAAAGAGUUUUUCAGUCUUAUGUGUGACCUAAAGCUGAAGUUAACUUUGUAUGAAGCUAUACUGUCUAAAAGAAGCGCUGACGUCUAUGCAAGGAAGGUACAGCUAUAGCUGACUUUAAUAUGAAUGUAAAUCACCCUGUUUGUGAGGUGUUUUAUGUCUUUUCAGGACUUUCAAACAACAAAAAAACAGCUUCUAUCAUCUUUGGAAUACAUUUUAGGUACAUCAUCACUUUACAAUAACUAAAGCUGUAUAAAUCAGCAUGGCUCAGUCUAGAUGUCACUGUUUUUUCUCUGCGCUGCACUGUAGUGGCACUCAGGUAGCACCAACUGUACUGUAGGUCAUCACUGAAAUCAAAUGUUUGUUCUGUGUGGAGUCCAAAGGGAAGACGUGACAAGCAAAAAAUGUCUUUAUAGAAAAAAAAGAAAGUGAAUGUUUUUAUGAAUUGUCAAAUGUAAUAAAAAAAUGCUUAAAAU